AUGGCAAGUUCCGACAAAGGCGACAAGAGCAUGAUGGACGCGCUCACUGACAAGCUCCACAAGGGCUUGGACAUCACGAACGAGCAGCUCCACAAGGCAGGCGACUGUUUAAUGAAGCUGCUACAUAUGACGUCUAAUGGCAUUUACGACUCCCAGGACGAAAAGGUCCGCGAAACGACGAAAGCGUGCUACGACUCGCUGCACCAGCACGCGUCGAAGGCCCAGGAAAUGUUCAAGGAGUAUGCGUACGGGACCAAGGACAAGGGCCACGAGUACUACGAGAGUAUGAACGACUCGAUCGACAAGUGGCGCAAGAGUCUGGAUGACCUCGAGUCGAAGGCCAGCGAGCACGCCGGGUUGUACCGCGAUCAAGUGACGGACUACGUCAAGCACCAGCGCCAGCACAUCGCCGACAUGACCGACUACGCCAAGAACAAGAUGAAGAAGCUGUCUGGCAUGGACAAGAGCGACAAGAGCGUCGCCGAACAGGCCAGCGAAAAGGCCGGCGAGGCCAAAGAGAAAGUCGGCGAGAAGGCUCACGAAGGCAAAGAAAAAGCCAGUGAGGUGGCCGGCAAAGCUAGCGAGAAGGCCCAUGAAGGCAAGGAAAAAGCUAGCGAGAUGGCUGGCGACGCUAAGGAGAAGGGCAGCGAGAUGGGCGAGAAGGCUAGCGACAAGGCCGGUGACGCCAAGGAGAAAGCGAGCGAGACUGCCGGCGACGCUAAGGAAAAGGGCAGCGAGAUGGGCGAGAAGGCUAGCGAGAAGGCUGGUGAGGCCAAGGAAAAAGCUAGCGAAAAGGCCGGUGAGGCCAAGGACAAAGCUAGCGAAAAGUCCGGUGAGGCGAAGGACAAGGGCAGCGAGAUGGCCGGGAAGGCAAGCGAGAAGGCUGGCCAGGCGAAGGAGAAAGGCAGCGAAAUGGGCAGCGACUUCAGAUCAAAGCUUGAAGAAGGGUGGAAAGCCACGUCGGAUCAGUUCCAAAAGCUCAAGUCCGGCAUCGAAGACGAAAGCAAGCAUGUCCGCGAAAAGGCAUCUGGUUACUUUGACUCUGUCGAGUCGAGCGCAACUGAGGCCCAGGACAUGCUCAAGGAAUGCGCCGAAGGCGCCAAGGACAAGGGCGGGGACUACUACGACCGCAUGAAGAAGUCGAUGGACAAGUGGCGCAGCAGUUUGGACGAUCUCGAGUCGCAAGGCAAGGACUACAGCGACUCGUACCGCAAGGAAGUGUCCGACUACGUCAAGAAGCAGCGCGACCACAUCGACGAGAUGGCUCGCCGCGCCCACGAACAAUCCAAGCAGGAGGCGGACAAAUAGGCACGCGGCGGAACACCGGCUACUGUAUUGAUUGUAAUCCAUGAAUAUUGCAUUGUAUAUCGCUG